UAAAUAUUCAUCAUAUCAAUGUGAUAUUGCAAGUGCACUAAAGUGUCUAUUUUUCCGAUAAAAUUAUGAAAAUUUACUGCUUUGAAAGUGGUGUGACAAUAUAUUAAGUAUUCCUGCAUUUGAUACUGAAGAGGUACUAUCAAAAUGUAUAUAGGAAAAAGUUUCGGAGUAUUCAUCUGCCUUUUAGUAGCAGCAGCCGGGCAAUUCCCAAGGCUACCAGGGCUACCUAGACUUCCAAGACUGCCAGACUUGUCAAACCUUCCAUCGCCAGAAGAAUUUUUAGAAAGUUUGUUAAACGUAACACCCAAAGAACUUUUAGAAGUAGUGGGAGAUUUUACGUUUGAUGAAGUUCUGUCUGAUCAUAUUCAAUUUUUACUUUACAACAAUAAUGGAUCCGUAACAGUAUUAGACACAUAUUCCGACAGACACCAUAUUGAAAGCCAAACAGAACCUAUUAAGUUUAUUAUACACGGAUGGCAAGCUGCAGGUGACAUCGAUUUUGUACAAAAUAUGGCGAAAUCGUAUCAUAGCAUAGGAAUUUACAACGUCUUUGGAGUAGAUUGGUCGCCUCAUUCAAAAAGAAACUAUCUUCACUCUGCAAGGGGGACAAAGAAAAUAGGCGAAAUAGUUGGAGACUUUGUUAUGAAUUUAAUAAAGAAUAAUACUAGGUUGUUAUCAAACGUACAUCUAAUAGGACAUUCUCUAGGAGCACAAGUAUCUGGAUUUGCUGGAAAGCACAUACAGGCUUUGACUAAGGGCAAAAAGAUCGGGAGGAUUACAGGUUUAGAUGCAGCUGCUCCUUUAUUUGAGUUUCCAAUAAAAUUGCCACACGAUUUAAGACUCACUAACGAGGAUGCCGAUUAUGUGGAUGGUAUUCACACUAAUGCAGGCUUCUUUGGAUUUUUGGCUCCCUACGGACACGGCGAUCAUUAUGUCGACCUUGGUGGUCCCAUUCAACCUGGAUGUGCACAAAUAAAUGUAUUUGAGGCUUUUGUUUGCAGUCAUUUAAAAUCGCAUGACAUUUACAACAAUACCAUCACUUCUAAAAUAUACCUCUCAUCCCCCUGUGGAAAUAUCUUCAGAGCUGCCAUAAAUAUGUGUGAUAAUAGCGGAAAAGUUGUUAUGGGAGAACACACUUCUACAAAAGCAAAGGGUGAGUACUUUAUUGACAUCGACUCCAACAAUCUACCAAUGAAGAGGCGCGGUAUUAGAAAUAUACUUCCUCAAAUAGCAGGUUUUAAUGUAUAGAGGUCAAUAAAUA